UCUGCAUAGCUUUUGUUUCUUCUGUUUUCUAAUCUCUCUCCCUUCACCUUCAAAUCUGCUUUUAUCCUAAGCCUCAAGGAAGGAGGACUGUAAGAGAAAGAGAGAGAGAGAGAGAGUUUGGUUAGUUUUGUUUGGUAGAAACAGAGCAAAUCAAGAGAUACAACACCAACUUCAAAUUGAGGGCUCACAUGGGUGCUCCUUGUUUGUGACAGCUUCUCUUUUUGGACUAUUAAUGCUUCUUUUUUCUCUGUACCUCAUAAAAUGGCAGAAAACCCAGCUGUUUUCUCUUUUACAGUUUCUUCCUUCCUGAGUUUUUCUUCCUUUCCUGUUCCCUUUUAAUCUAUAUUUUAUCUCUGUUUUUCACCUCUUCUCAGGUUGUAAAUUACUACCUUUUCAUCUUGGGUUUUGGGUUCUCUAUUCAUUUUGUUUUUUUUUUCCCCUUCUAGUCCAUAGCCUCUCAUUCAUUUCUAAUUUAGUCUUGUGGACUUCUUUGGCUUGUUUUGCUUCUGGGUUUCAAGUUUUUCUGGCUUUUAUCUCUUACUCUGUUUUGAAUCUUAGACUUUUUGUUUCCUCUCACUUGUAUCCAUGGAGUUCUCUAUGUUCUGCAGCAGAAUCAGUUUUCUCAUCCUUAUUAUUGUCCUCUCAUCCCCUCCUAAAUUCAACCAAAGCCCAAUGGACUUUGGCCCUUUGAACCUUCUCCAGGCCACAAACACAUCAUCUCUGGACUUUGGGAGAAUCUACUUCAACUCCCCAUCUGCAGUUGUAAGGCCCAAAUCUCCCAAAGAGAUAUCUCUCCUUCUCAGUUCUCUUUCUGGUUCUUCUUUCAGUAAAGUUACAGUUGCAGCAAGAGGAGCUGGACACUCUAUCAAUGGCCAAGCUCAAGCCCUGAAUGGCAUUGUUGUUGAAAUGGAUUCACUUCCUUCUUCUAUCAAAAUUAGAAAGAGAGUUGAUGGGGAGAGUAGUCCUUCUUAUGUUGACGUGAGUGGAGGAACUCUUUGGGUUGACCUCUUGAAGGAGACCUUGAAGGAGGGCCUUGCACCAAGGUCAUGGACUGAUUAUCUUUAUCUUACUAUUGGUGGGACUCUUUCUAAUGCUGGAAUCAGUGGCCAAACCUUUAAAUAUGGCCCUCAGAUUAGUAAUGUCCUUCAGCUAGAUGUAGUAACAGGAAGAGGAGAUAUUGUGACUUGUUCACCAACCAUAAGUUCUGAGCUCUUUUAUGGAGUUCUAGGUGGGCUUGGCCAGUUUGGUAUUAUUACAAGUGCAAGGAUCUUGCUCCAAGAAGCUCCAAGGAAAGUAAAAUGGGUCAGAGCCUACUAUGAUGAUUUUGAUAUCUUCACAAAGGACCAAGAGCUUUUGAUUGGAAUGGGAAACAUGGUUGAUUAUUUGGAAGGUUUCAUAGUUUUAAAUAAGGAAUCACUGCAUGGGGGCUCCAUUUCCUUUCCCUUUCCUGCAAAUUUGGCUUCCAUCCCACAGUUCCAAUCAGAGCCUUCUAAAGUUUACUACUGUAUAGAAUUUGCAGUCUAUGAUCAAGCUGACAAGAACACCAAUCUAGACCAAGUUGUUGAAGAGAUAUCUAGCAAAAUGAGCUUCAUGCCAUCACUUCUUUACAGUGUGGAGGUGUCUUACUUUGAUUUCCUCCAGAGGGUUAGGAUGGAGGAAAUAAGUUUGAGAGAGCUAGGGCUGUGGGAUGUAUCUCAUCCAUGGCUGAACAUGUUUGUGCCCAAGUCAGGGAUUGCCCAGUUUAGAGACUUGCUGUUGGAAAACAUCUCCCCAAGUACCUUUAUGGGUCCCAUCCUCAUAUAUCCCAUCUCAAGAGACAAGUGGAAUUUGAACAUGUCGGCUGUGCUACCGGAGUCUAUUUCCGGCGAAAACAUAAUAUACAUAGUUGGUAUUCUCCGGUCGGCGAAUCCUACAAGUUGCUCACAAGAAUGUCUACAAGGCUACCUCCGGCAAAACCUUAAUAUCACCAACAUAGCUACUGAUCCUAAGGGUGGAAUUGGUGCCAAACAGUACCUGUCCCACCACAGAAAGGAAGAACAAUGGAGGGAACAUUUUGGAGGGAAAUGGCAGCAGUUUUUGGGGCGAAAGAAAGCAUUUGACCCUUUGAAUAUAUUGGCCCCUGGUCAGGGCAUCUUUAAGAGGAGAUACAGCAUGAACCCUACUACUACUACCACUACUACUCUCACUCUCUCUUCUUCCCAGUGAGAGGUGGAAGAGAUAACUCAGGAAGAAUCUCUUGGGAAUUUCUUGUUUCCUUCUUGAUGGGCCUUUAGGAGAGCAAACAUGUCUUCUUUCUUUUCAACACAUGUCUCUGAACAGAGAGAGAGAGAGAGAGAGAGUGUGUGUGUGUGUGUGUGUGUGAGAGAGUGAGUGAGUGUGCGUGUCUUUUUCCCCUUUUUUCUUAGAUUUUUGGGGAUACCCAUAUUGGAUGUACAGUGAACAGGACUUACAGUACCUGCAAAGCCAAUAGUGGCUUUUAGAAGAUUAUAAUAGUACACUUAAUUGGGAAAAUAGAAAAUGGAAAUAAAGAUCUGUUUGAUAGUUUUACUCUUUUUA